UAAAUAGAUCUAGUAUAUAUAUAUAUAUAAUCUAGCCUAGUCGGGUCCCGGGGAAUCUCGCACUUUCACCCGCUCGUUAGCGAUCUUGCACCGCAAGAGAAACUAGCAAAAAAAAAAAAAAAAAAGAUGGCCGAGAGUUCUGAGACAGGGGAUGAUGGAAGUAAAACCUGGAAUCGCCAAAACACAUUUCUUCUUAUUGAUGUCUACAAUUUGCAUAAAGAAAAAUUUCAGGAACCAUUUACAAAGAAAAAAGAUAUCUGGGAUACCAUUUCACAGGAAUUAAAAGCUAAAGGGCACCACCUCAGUGGUGAAAAGUGUGAUAAAAAAUUUAGAGAUUUAAAAAGACGGUACAAAACUAUUAUGUGCAGAAACGUCCUUAGUGGAAAGUUAGUAGAUGGCUCGAACAAGUGGAUUUAUUUUGAUAAAAUGGAUGCUUUGGCAAGAAAAGGCUCGACUAUGACUUAUCAGGCUAGCUCAUGUAGUCUCUCAGAUGAGUCCCCUGGUUCUAUGUCUUCUCCAGUGACAAUCUCUGCCCAAUCACAUGUGCCAUCUAUCAGUGAAUUAUCAAGGAGAUCUGAAAAUGAUCUAUCAUGCAAGUCUGAAAGUGAUAGUCUUUCUGACUUGGAUAUAAAUUUUGAGAGCACGCCAAGAAAAAAGUUUAAAAAAUCCACGGAUGACCAUGAUGACCACAGUUACCAUAAUGACCACAGUUACCAUGAUGACCCCGAUGACCACAGUCUCCAACAACUAUUGGAAGCCAUGUUGGAGCAAUCCAAAAAGGAGACAGAAAUUCUCUCAAAGCUGUCUGAAGAGAAUGCCAAGAUGCUAGAACGUUUGGAAACAAUCCACAAAGAGAGAUUAAAAGUUGAAAGCACUAAAGCUGAAGCCAUGCUGACAUUUAACGCUUUGUUUAAAAAUUUUUUGCAAAAAAAUGUAAAUAAAUAAAAUUACUACAA